ACCUGUUUUUGAUUUUUGUGACCAUAACCAAUAUAUUUUAUUUUAUAACGUUUCUAAUUUUGGCGCUUUCAUGUGGUGCAACAAAAAGGGAAAAAAAUGUCCGACGACUCUGAAUAUGCUAACUAUGUUAAAGAUUAUAGAAUAGUUUGUAAAUAUGGGGCAAAAUGUUACCAAAAAAAUCCUAUGCAUCACCAGAAAUACAAACACCCUUCAAAAAAGAAUAAACAACAUUUAGGCCAUAUAAAUAAGAAAAUUAAAAUUGAUAAGGGAAAUAAAGAAACCAAGGAAAUUAUAACAAGUAAUGACGUGUCAGACUCUGACGAAAAUGACACUGAAGAAAGCAGUGACACAUUGUCGAGUAAAAAUAGUGAUGAGUUAUCUGUCUCAGAAACAAGGGAAAAUGGAACAACAAAUAAAAAAGAUGAGGAUGUAGCAAAUAGUAAAAAUGAAACUCUAACGACUGCUACAAAACCUUUCACAGUUCAAAUCAGUAAUGGUGUUUCAUCAGCAUCAGAUGAUUCAAGAAAUGCAAAUGUGGACAAAGACGAAAAAACCAAUGCUAUUGAAGAUAAUACUCCAGUAGAAAAAAAGAUAGAAAAAAGAAACUCUGAUAAAUUUGAUAACAAACAAUUUAUAAGAGCAAAGUUUUUAGUUGACAUGCCAACAGAUUUUUAUCAGUUUUGGAAUUAUUGUAAGCAGAUAAAACCAAAUGAUCCGUUAAAUGCUCUUAAAGAUAUCGGAUUGAAAUUAGUAGGCCCGUUUGAUGUUCUUGCAGGAAAGUUUGUUAAUGUUAAUAAAUCAGACGAGGAAUAUUUACUUCACUGGCGGUACUACUAUGAUCCACCUGAAAUGCAGACAGUACUAAAAGGUGAUGAUAAAACAGGGUUUCAUAUAGGUUAUUUUAGGGACUCUCCUGAUGAAAGUCCUAUAUUUCUAGCAAGCAAUUGUGCAAAAAAGGAUGGUGUGCUUCAUCAGAUGGGCCCAAAUAUUUUCGCUGCAAUCAAUAUGUACCUUGAUGACCUGAAAAAAACAGGAGAUCCCUUUAAAAAAAUGCAUGUUGACAGAAUGCAGUCAUCCAUUAAAAAAGAAGCAGAAAAUUUAAAAGUAGACUUAACGCAAAGAACAGACGCUAUAAUCUCCAGAGAAAAAAAGGUUGUUACACGGACUUUCAACAAAAUAGGGCUUGUUGUUCCUUAUAACCGAAAAUCUCAAUUAGGUUAUCGAGAACUGGCACUGAACAACAAGGAUUUGAACACUUUGUUUACUAAGCUCCAAAAUGCGCUUCCAGAGCAGAGGCCGAAAUAUUUGGCGGAGCUGCAACCAGUAUUUACUAAUGCAAGCAUAGCAGCCGACGAAUGUGAUUUUGGAACUGGCAUUGAGUUAGGCUGGAACAUUAUAAGUCAUGGAGUAGACAGUCUGAAUUCGACUGCACUCAGAUUUUUGGCUACAAACUAUCGACUCUUAAAUAAAGAAGUGUUUGCUAAAAUAGCAGAGGCUCAUAUGAGUAAUAGGAAGAAAGGAUGUGAUUUGGGCAUUAUAUGAAAAUCUGAUUGACAACAAGAAUAUUUAUUAAACUGACUGAAGUUCUUAUAAAUUUACAAAAAUUACGAUGUAUGUUGUCAUAUAUUGAGAAGAAAACGAAACAACAAUGUAAUAUUUAUUUUAUAUUUAUAAAUACAUUUUUCAUUCAUUU